GGUCUUUCUCAUUCCUUUCACUACCUCACACACCCUCCGCCCAGCAUGAGGUCGACACUCCGGUUGCUGGCUAAUGUCAAGCCGGCUCGCUACUUGGAGCCUUUCGCUCCCACCGGCUUGACCGGCCUGAACACUCACCCUAGCCCUCGUCCCACCCUGAUUUUCCUUUACACAUCGACCUUGAACAAGCUCAAGUCCUUCCCUGAGUCCUCUGUCUACCGUCAAUCCACCGAGGCAUUGACUCGCCACCGUUUGCAGAUCAUUGAGUCCACGAAGCCGCCUGGAUUUGAAGCUUGGUUGGAGCGCGUGAAGAAGACCGUGGGUGAUGAGCCCGAGCGCUUCUCUAGCCUUCUACAAGCCAAUGGCACGUACGCAGGUGCUGAGCGCCUUGAUGGCAGCGACAAUGCCCGAGGAGAGGAGUGGGAUGGUGAAGCCUUGGAGGCGACCACUGAAGGCCCCGCUCGUACACCAGCAGAAGAAGCCCGUUUCACACAGCUCUUGGCGGAGGCUUCUUCUCCCAAGAACAAUGAAUCGGACUUCCACCCUGAGGAGCAGAAGUGGGAGGCUGAGCCCGCUCUGACGGCAGAACAGAUCUCUGAAAUUGAGCAGCAAAUCGGUGCCGGUCUUAUUGAGGAAAUCAUUCAGGUCGCCGAGGGUGAACUGAAGGUUGUUGAUGAGUUGUAUAAGUCGAAAGCCUGGGAGGAACUUGAGGAGAAGGCUAGACCUGGCCAGUGGUCUUACUUCGAGCGCCCCGAGUAAGUGCUCGGCAUAAUAGGGUCUUCUCAUGAACGACAGACUUGACUUAAGAAUUCCCAUUGUUUGUAAUUAUAAGUUUACGUGUGUCCAAUCGAAACCAAUCACAAUUGCAUGAUGAUGUAUAA